ACCUCAUGGCAUCGUCUUCGCACCGGCUGUCCUAGAAAAGGUGUACAAUGGUCUCACUGCUCUCUUCUCCAGUGGCUUGAAAAAGAAGAUUUUUGAUCGAGCUAUCCUCAACGGACGUGCCAAGUUCGAUGCUAGUGGAGUCACCCAGGAAACCUGCUAUUUGGGGUCGUACGGAUUCCUCCCGAAUAAGUUGUUGGGGAAGUUAUGAGCAGCUUGGGAUUUUAUCAACGGAAUCGGAAUCGUGAUUGAUUUCAAUAUGAAUCGCAGGUCCAACCCGAUUCGACUAUCAUCAUCAUCAUCCUGAAUCGUUUCCAUUUUCUCAGUAGCGGAAUCGGCUGUCUUGAAGCUCCCUUUUCUCUACUUAGUCCCUCGUCUAAUCCCUGUCCGCGCAAAAUUUGGUGGACGAGUGAAAGGCGUGAUCACUGGUUCCGCACCUCUGUCGAAGGAAUUGCAGGCUUUUUUUCAGACCGUUUUGAACUGCCCGAUUCGUCAAGGCUAUGGAUUAACAUUAUGGCAGCUUGAGACCAAAAGAUAAAUCCAUCUGAAUCUUUCCCAGCAUUUUGGUCCAACAUCUCGAAAGGGACUCAAUAUUAAGGGAAGAUGUCUUUCCUAUCAUCUUGAAAGAGAAUCAAUAUGGGACCCAAGAUGCUGAUCGGUAGUAGUAGUAUACCCGACGAUUGGGUACACUACUACUACUAAUACUGAUCGAGAUGGAUUUAGUUUUAGGCAACAUCUAAUGCCAGAGACUGCUGGUGCUUCGUGUGUCACUUUUUGGUGUGACAAUAGCCCAAGCACUGUGGGUGUACCCACUAUGGCGACGGUACUUGUGUUUCAUUUUGUGGUGAAAACGAAAAGUAGUACUCGUAGAAGGAUAAUCAUGAGCGUGACGAGAAUAAGUAGUGCGACUAUAAUCUAUCACCUAUCGUCAAUUAUCAGGGGGUGGUGGAAGAAAAUUUCAUAGACGUCGACCUGCAUCUCUUCUCUCUCCAUUAUUCUCCUCCAAGAUGCGCUAUAUCUAUUCCAGUACUAGUACCUCUACCAUCUUCAUCUUGUCUAACAUGAAACUUUCGAGACACCACUACGAAAAAUCAAUCCAUCACUUGAGACUUUUGAGACAUCACUACGAAAAAUGAAUCCAUCUCACACUCACUCGAGACUUUUGAGACACUACAAAUAAAAAUCAAUCCACCUCACACACAGGUAAUCCGUCUCCGUGAUUGGCCAGAGGGUCUCUACCUCAACAGCGACAAGGAAAAUCCAGCCAUUGGCAAGCCCAGAGGAGAGGUUUUGAUUGGUGGUCCUAUGGUCUCCCAGGGAUACUUUAUCCCAGAUCCAGACAACCUAAACGAGAACGACAAAGAGUUGGUGAAAAAAAACCAGGAGGAAUAUUUGCAAGCGGAUGGAUAUCUUAUGGAUCGAUGGGAACAAUUAGAUCCUUUCCAUGGACGAUGGUGACUUGCCGUUGCAAACAGACAGACGUUUCUUCAAAUCGUAGAAGUAUUUCUAGUCAUAUUGGAAAUUUUUGAAGUUGGCUUUUUAUCGUCUUCGACUCCUUCCUCAAGCACAUCAAGCAGGAAUAUCAUGGACUACAACUUCAAGUGCAACCUCUAUCUAAAUCCACACGUAGAAUCUAGACCUCUCAGCACCCAUCUCUUCUAACUUCUGUUGGUUCUGUUCCGGUGAUAUUGGACAAAUCACAGAGAAUGGAACCCUCCAGAUCGUCGACCGCAAGAAGGACUUGUGGAAGGGACCCCAAGGAGAAUACGUCGCCUUAUUUACGGCAACUAGUACCAAGGACGCAUCCUGCUCAACAUCAUCCUUGGCUCUUUUCUCAACGGGAAAAGUCGCCAACGAUGGCAUCGGGAAUGCGAACGAGGUAUCUCGAACUUAUCCAAGGUGGAGUCAGCUGGCAAGCUCUCGCCAUACGUGGAUAUGUGCAUGUGCUACGGUCAGGUCGGUCAGGCCUUCGUGGUUUUGCUGGUUGUCGGUAACGAAAAAUGCAUCAAGGCCUUGGGCAAAGAACUGGGAUUAGGCGAAGACUAUGAGAAAAUUGUACUCCUAGUUACAUCUAUUAUUUUUUUUUUCUUCUAGGUGAUGGGUCGUCUCACUUGGAUGAAAUGAAAAACAGUUGACGAAAAAACCACUGAUUUGUAUGGCAUUAGUUGAACGUGUUAAUUAAUUGUUUGAAAGGGCGGUGGCGUAUAGUCCUAACGCAAAAAAAAAAACUCUACGGGUACUCGGAACAGCACUAUCAGGCAGACACACACGACAAUGAUUUUCUGACCAAAAUGAAAAUUUUGAUUUUCUAUCAAAGUCCUACUACUAACAUUCGCAUUGCGUCAUACUUUACAUACUGAUACGCAUUGCGUGGUCAUCCUUUACUGAUAACAUAACAUAAGACACAACAUCACCAUUUUUUACAUAUCAUCCCAUGAUUCCACAUAGCAUCCCAUGAUUCCACAUAGCAUCCCAUGACUCCAUCACCUUCUAUAGAUCUCCGAACCGCCCGUGCUCAAGGCUGUCCAGGAUAGUGUGGUCGAGUACUGCAAGAAGUCCAAGCUGGUGAAUUUCGAGAUACCCCAACGUUUGAGGAUCGUGAACGCAUUGUGGACACCAGAGAACGACAUUUAAGGCUUUUCUAAUAAAGAUUCAGAUUGAUUAAUCCACUAUCAUCUAGAAAAACUGCAUUAAUGUCGUGUUUGUUAAGUGUGAGAUAUAUAAUAUGUGUGUAAGUGACGAGCUGAGAGAUAUUAUACGAGAGGAGAGGCUUCCUUAAUAAAGUACAUCUUUUGAGACAUCUUGUUGGAACUGUUCCGUUAUAAGGAGCGGGGAGAACAGCUUCAAGAUGAACCCUGUGUAUGAUGGAGGAUUCGGGUGAGCUCUAAUAUAUGCUUACAGCGGCUCUGAAGAUGAAACGGGUUGUCAUCCAGCGCGCACACCAAGACCUCAUCGAUGACAUGUACAACAAUGGGAAAGGAAAGUAAGGAAGUUCCACCCUGGUAGGGCUAGAGUACUAGGUCUAGUGAUAGAAGUCUUAGUCUAUAACAAACUGAGAAGGUGAUAAAUUGAAAUUCAAUUUACGUCGCACGAGAGGUAGAUAUUGAUUAUAUUCAAGAAAUGGGCGGGAGCGUCCUAGUGCCUCUUCAUGCGUAUAGUACGUAGGAGGAGUAGCACAACCAACGGAAAUAGCAUCAGAUAAUCAACAAGCAGGGUAUUUACAAUGAUUGAAUCAAGAAUUCAAUUUUUUUAUUCAGGAUCAGGAUCAAGAACAACAAUGAAACUGAAAUUCAAAUUAGUUACGACUAGAUAACUACUACUAGAAUGGCUGCUUCUCUUUCUUUAUUUUCCUGUCGUCACUCAAUCACAGACGAACUAAGGAAUAGUACAUAUUAUAGAAAUCAUCACUAGUAGGUACGCGCAGCUGCAGACCAACAAGCAACUAUCAUCUUUAGAAAUUAUAGGUUUUUCACUUAAACUGUAAUUGAACCAACAAGUUUUUAGUUGAGCGAUAGAACUCUCGGGAGGAGGCGUCUGACUCUGACCAAGAAUGAAGCGUAUUCAAAUGCCCUUUUUUGGUCGUAGGAAGGUAGGAGAGACUAGCAUGAAGAGGGGGCUACAAAAAUUAGAAAAACGAGGAAGUUAGAGUUAGGGCCAGCUACAACGAAAGAAGGAGUGUCGAAGCAGGAGGUAUUCUCUUUCGCCAGGGUACCUAGGUUGCGCUUGCGCCGCACGAUCUUUCAUAAAGUUGUACGAAUAUGUAUAUCAAUCUCUUUUACAUAAUCUACUUAAUCCAUCAUAAAAAUAUCGUUUCAUAAUCCACCACGGAAAUUCAAAUCUUCUAUCACAUUGUCAUCUGUCAUGAUAUUAGACCAAGUAAAAAGUAUAUUCGUUGUCAUUGACUCUCUCUUAUGGAAGUUUUCCUUAGAAGCAUCCACGUUCAUACUCAUUCAAAAAUGACUUCGAGGACGUCGGUCCUCGCGUGCGGCUCAAGCACAGCUCGGUCUAGUAAGGUAAAAUCAGUUUCGGCGUUUUCAUCGUCGUGAAUGCUCACCUUCCCGAGGCGAGCAAAUUCCUAUCCUAUCCGAAUAAGUCGUCAUGAUUGUGUUAACUAGAUCUAGGUUGAACUGGAAGUUGUAGUACAGCAAAGUGUAUAGAAAGUUUGAUUGGAGGGCGUCAGCCUUGUAGUUUCCAAAUUCAUUCGCUGUAUAGCAAGAACCAAGAAUGAAAUGCAAACAAUUGAAAUUAAUAGAAAUGUUAGAAUUACAGAUCUCAUCGUCAUGAUUUCACUGAGACCACAGAUGAGCAGAAAAUUUCGAGCAGUUUCUUCUUCAAUCGCCAGAGGAACCUCCAAGCGGCGAGCAAGGUUCUUCCUAGACGGGCAU